AAGCAUUCAAGAGUUGCUUACGUUCGGUUCGUUCGCAUUUCUUCUCUAUCUUAUAUAAUAUUAUAUUUUCUCCUAAAUCAAUUUUUUCACUACCAACAACAACAACAAUAAUAACAACUCAACUAUUCUCAACUCGCGUCAACCUUAACUUAACUUUCUCAAAAAACAACAAACUACAACUCUACCACUACCAAUCUGUCAACUUUCCGUUUUUAAACUGAAACUGCAAACCAAAACAUUUAUUUUCGUCUCGACGGCCAUUGACAAAGUUUUGUUUUCCAAAACCCGAGGAGAAAAUUGCCAGCCCGCAACGAGUUGAAAGGAUACCCCAAAGAUUCGUUCAAAAAUCGUCCCCCCGUUAUGUUUUGAGUUCAAUUCCGUGUUGAAAACAAACGUGAACGUACACGCAAAUGUAAAUGUAAAAAUCGAUAAGCCACACGCAGCCAGCCAACUGAACGCGAACGUGUCCGUGUGUGUUUCGUGGAGCGAGGGGAUUGAACGGGGGGAACUGACCAAAAAUCGGUGGCCCUGGCCAAAAACGCAAAAACUCCGGCCCAAAAAAAUACAAGAAAAGAAAAGCAGAGCAAAGCAAAGCAGAGCAGAGCAGAGAGAGCGACUCGAAACUCCAGCCCAAAUGACGGAUACGGGUCUGACAACGAAUCAAGCGCCGAAAUGUGUGAAGUGGCUGUGAAACCCGAGGAAUCCUAACUAAAAACCAAACCAAUUUACAAUAAAAUGCAAAUUACUAAGAAUAUUUAACCGAAACGCACCAGACCACACCACUCCACACACACACAGACACACGAAACACGGCAGAAAUGCCAGGCCUGAAAUUCAACAAGCUGUACGACUAAAACUUUAAGAGAUCUUUCGGCGAGCCAAAUCUAUAUACAAUAUAUAUAUAUAUGAAUAUAUAUAUUUUCACAUGCGAGAUAACAACAGCAACGUUUCCUUUCCGCUUUUGCCACAAAUAAUACCCCCUGAGACGGUCUUUGCUCGCUCGAAACUCGACACUAGCUUCAGCACUUAGCCCUCUAAGAUCUACUAACUGGAUCCUGAUCAAGCUCCUAGCCAAAACUUCCUACUCCAACUCCAAGACCUCUAAUCUACAAAGAAAAAACCCAGAAAAUGCCGCGCUGCCUGAUAGCCAAGAAGUGGAAGGCCUAUCCCUGGCUGGAUCGGACGGAGGAUACUAGCAACCAGCAACAGCAGCAGCAGCAGAGUGCCCCCAACUCGCCUCGCGAACUGGAGGAGCUGCAUCUGAAGUCCAGACGCUCCACCCUGGACGACGACGAGGAGAUCGAUGUGGUGGGCGAUAAAUUCCUGAUCAAGUUGGAGAAGCAACGCACAACAGCAGAUGCUGCAGCAGCAGCAGCAGCAACAUCAUCCGAAGCAGCAACAUCGCACAGCAGCAACAGCAGCAACCUGGAGGCAUCGGCGACGACGACGUCCAAGUGCUGGGGACCCAGUUCACCCACGGCGGGCACCACGGCUCCAAGUCCGCCACCCCAUUCGCCGGAGGCGGCGACGCGAGUGGCCGGCAAUGUUUACAACGGCUACACCCGCGAACUGUCGCCGCUGCACUACACCGCGUACCUGCCCCGCAUGGAGAGCGAGAUAACCGUGAUCCGUGCCGCGGCCACAGCUCUGGUGGCAGCCAGGACAUCCGGAAACGGAAGUGGAGAUCAGCACCUGGCCGCCUACCAAACGCCGCCCUCGUCCACCACGUCAUCACCCUCUUGUUCGCCCAGCGGCGCCGGCGAUCGGUACAGUCCGCUCUCAAGUGGACAGACCUCCAGUGAAAGGAAGUGCUUCAGCAGUACGGGAGCCACACUGUCGCUGCCGCCGAAGAAGAAGGACAUCUACAGGCCGUACUCCCUGGACGACAAGCCGGCGCACGGCUAUCGAAGAAGGGUACCGGCGGAGGAGGACCUGCAUGCGGCACAUGCUAUCCUGGAUCUGAGUGCGAGCACAGCCUUCCAUCCGCCCACGCAGCCUCACCAGCUGCAGCAGCAGCAACAGCAACAGCAGAACCAGCAUCACCACUCCCAGCAGCAUCACCUUGCCCCGCAGCAACAUCACUACUUGCCACUGCAGCAGCAACAGCAGGCACACCACACCCACUUGCCAACUCUCGAGGCGCAUGCGCAUCUGCGCAGCACGUCAUCGAUUGCCGAACUGGCUGCAGCGGCCAGUGUGGUAAAUGAGCAACGCCCCGCCAGCAAUGCCUCGAGUGCCAGCAGCAACCACAUGCCCAGCAGUCCCAGCAGCAACUCGAGCAGCAGCAGCAGCCAGGUGCAGAACGAGAACAGCAACACCACCAACACGAACCAGGAUGGGGAUGGCUGCCUACAGGAUGGGGAGCACGGUGGCGCCUCCGGAGCCUCGGCCAAAACGGUGGCCUACACCUACGAGGCCUUCUUCGUCAGCGAUGGCCGCUCGAAGCGCAAACAUGUGGCGGAUCCCGCAGCUGCCGCCAGCGGAGUGCCCACUCCUGACCAGCAGAAGACCAAGUACACCUGCUCCGAGUGUGGCAAGCAGUAUGCCACCUCCUCGAACCUGUCGCGCCACAAGCAAACCCAUCGCUCGCUGGACUCGCAGUCCGCCAAGAAGUGCCACACCUGUGGCAAGGCCUACGUUUCCAUGCCCGCCCUGGCGAUGCACUUGCUCACGCACAAGCUAUCCCACAGUUGCGGCGUCUGUGGCAAGCUGUUCUCGAGGCCCUGGCUGCUCCAGGGUCACCUGAGAUCGCACACGGGCGAGAAACCCUAUGGAUGUGCGCACUGCGGCAAGGCCUUCGCCGAUCGUUCCAAUCUUCGAGCACACAUGCAGACCCAUUCGGUGGACAAGAACUUCGAGUGCAAGCGGUGCCACAAGACCUUCGCCCUGAAGUCAUACCUCAACAAGCAUUUGGAAUCGGCUUGCCUGAAGGACGAGGAGGAGCUGAUGAUGUCCAUGUCGCUGUCGAUGCACGACAGCAACAGCGAGAGUGGGGCCAGUAUGGCCUCGUCGCCGCCACACGAGUUCCUUGAGCGCGUCAAACUCGAGGGCAGUGGAGGAGCCACUUAUGCCAUGUAAGCAUAGAAUACGUUGGGCGCGCCACAGAAAUCUCUAAGGACUCGAAGCCAAGUCGCAAUCCGGCUCGGGGGACCAGACUUAGAAAUCUCUGUUGCACUACCGAUAAGCAAAAGAGGAUGGAUGUGCUGUAACUGCAUAGCUGGUUAGUUAAUUUACCGUUAAAGUUAAAGUUACCGUUACCAUUUACAACUAGGUUAACCGAUAGCCGUUUUUAUAGAAGAUACAUACAUCACAAUACGUCCAAGAGCAAAGUGUAGUAGAGUAACACAGAGACUGUAGAAAUUCGCAUUAGGCAGCCAAGCAACAAAAUACUCAAUGGGUGUGUUUUCAAAAUCUGUUAGUUGGUUUGCGAACUCAUUUUUUAAAAGGUGCCUCUAAACGUAUGCAAAGGAAACAUCCAAAUUCAUGGCCAGAUUUUGGAAACACCCCCAUAAUAACCAACUCAAAAUGGUUCUUCUUUUAAGCAUAAGUGAGUUGAACAUUCCUAAAAACCAAAGCAUUCCACAAAACAAAAAAAGAACACAAUACACCCCAACACACACAGAGAGCCUUGUGUAUGAGGUGCUACGCCACAUGCAUUCCGAGAACCUGAAGAAAUCUAAGCAAUUCUAGCAGCUAUCUUAUCUAUCUAACUACUUACCAAGUCGAAUACGAAUACGAAUCGAAAACAAAAACACACACAUAAGAGUACUAUAUUUAAAUGCAUAUAUAGAGUGUACUAUAACCCGUAGCGAAACCAAACGAACGUUUUAAUCUACCCACUCUCUCCAACUAACUCUCGAAGAACACUCCUCUAGCUAACCCUAACUCUUACUCGAACAAUAUCUCUCUACUCUCUAUCUCUAUCUCUUUAAUCGACAACGUUGACGACGACGACGAAGUGAUUAAAAUUAAUGCAACGAAUACAAAAGCAAAUGCAAUGUUUCUCAAACAACGAAUUAGGACUUAAGGGCAGCCUAUCUAUAAGCAGUAAUUACGAGUGCUAGCCACUAAGCAAUUUUAAACUAAGUCACACGAACGCGACAUUUAAGCACUCAACAAUUUUUAGAUUCGAUAUAAUGACAACGAUACAAAUUAAUCAAAAGCAAGCAACAAAAACGAAACGCAAAGCAAUAUUUAGUCGGGUUUUGCGGACCGGUUCAAGUGGGAGCGGUUCCAUAGCGAAUGUUAACAAACCGAAAACAACAAGGACCAACUCAAACUCCCCGAGAACUGGUUGUGUAAGCCUCAUAUUAACCCUUGUAGAAAGCAUCACGAUCACGUUUAUAUAUAGGUCAGUCCCCCCAAUAAGUUCACUCCGAAAUCAUUAAAGGCUAGAAGAGCAUUGCAGAAGUCGUAGAGGGCGGUUCGAAACCCCUUUUCUUUCGUUGGGCGCCGUUUAAUCCGCAGUCAAUUAGCACUACUCACCAGUGAAGUAGCCUACCCUUAUUUAUGUUAGUCCUUAGAAGUGAACAUCUAGUCGCUGUCUAACAGCAAAAUCACUUAUUUCAUACCAAAGCUAUACCACAUACCCAGUUUUUAGAAUCAACAAGCAUUGCAUUCCGUUCGAGGCCCAAUUAGGAGUAAAACCAGCGAAUAAGACCAAAGAAAUCCGGGGAACCAGCAGUACAGCAGCCCCAGUAUUCGAUCGCAUAGAGAGAACCCCUCAAUCGCAGAACAGAACAGAAUAUAUCGAGUGUGAUCUAGUCUCAAGCAUUUAACAGUACACUUCGUCCAUGCGUGAAUAAUACUUUUGCACUUUUUCGACACUUAAUCGACGUAGUACGAUAUUACUUAGCCCUAUAUUAUGUAACUGUAACUCAUAUUCAUUUAUUCAUUCAUUCAUUGAAUCGUUUACGCAUUCAUCCUACUUCAUCUUACUCACACAAGCUCACACAAACACUCAAUCGCUGCACAGCCUGUAUAUAUUAGGAUAUAGCAUGUACAUCAUACAUCAGCAUUGUAAUCAUCAACUGAAAUCAGCUUCAGCAACCGAUCUCAAAGAGGAAGUGGGGGAAAGAAGUGCAACGAACAUUUUGUAGCGCUAGUCGUAGCCAAGUUUAGAUGACCCAAACCAAAGUUGUUGGUAUUUCUAAGCGGGUAUCUGGGAAUAUAUAUAGAAGAUAUAUACAUCUAGAAUACGUAUGUAGUUGCGUAAUAUUUACAAAGCAUAUAUUAUACACAGCUAGGGUUAGUCUUCAGACAUGUACUCGUAAGUUAAACUAGUAAGUAUAAUCACGAAAUUAUUUUUAUACUGUUGUUCGGAGGAGGGAGCGUCGGAAGAGAGAGAUGGCAACACUUUUAAGGAAUAAUAUUAAUCGAAUAAUCGAGACGAGAUCGCAAUCGGCAUCGACUAAAUCGGCUAAAGUACCAAAGCAAAUACUCAAAAAUAAAAGCAAACAUAAGAACCCCUGCAAACCGCAAGACAAAUUACAAUUAUUUCAAUUACAACUACAAUUAAUUAUAUAUAAUAUAUAGCGUUAUCUAGCAUAUAGUCAACUAUAAUUUACGUAUCGUUUAUGAUUUAUCGACGCGAGAAAUGUAAUGAAUAUUUAUGAAAUUUGCAUUAUAAGAAUGUUGAAUUGAAUUGAAUUAAAUUGAAGCCCGGCAAUAAUAUUAAAUUUUAAAAAUUUUGUAUAACAAUUGUAUAGAAGGCGAAGGAAAGUAAAGCAAUAACUUAACUUAACUAACGAGUUAAUCGAUUUAUUAGUCUUAAAGAAUACUGUAAGGUUGGAACUACUUACAAUUAGCAAUCAAAGCACACUUGUAAAAACAAAAAAAAACAAAACGAAAAACGAGAGAAGCAAUUAUAAAGUUACAAAUAUACAAUACAUAUUAAAUAACCACACAUUUUACGAGCGAAACAAUGUUUUUUAUUUAUAAACCAAUUCGGACUUUUUAUCAUUUUAACUGGCUUCUGUUGCUGAUUAACUUUUGAUGAAUAUGAAACGAUGAACCCAAAGCAAUUCGAAUAUUGUGAUAGUCCAAAAACACACUAACAAUUUUCAGAACUAUUCAUUAAUUUUGCUCAAAGGAAGAGAGCAAACGAGAAAUCAAAUUGAGCUCCAGGAACUUUUUAAUAGAAAUAACGUGUAUCGAAAAGCAAUAAAACGUAGUGGUAAAGAUAUAUGAAGAAAGAGGAGCAAGGAUACUAUAUUAAGGGAUGAAUACUUGAAAAAUUGUAAAACGAAAGUCUCUUGGCAUAUAUAAAACUACUUCCUAAUUAUAGCCACGGCAAUUAUAUAUUUGGAAAGCUUUAGUCCAAAAUUAAAACAUUUCAGUUGCUCCAAUCACGCACAUACGCAAAACAGAACCCAAAUCAUCAUGAUGUAUUGUUAAACCCAAGGAAAUUGUUAAAGUUGAUACAUUAGUAGCGUAGGACCCACACACAUACACACACUUACAUACACUUGCAUACACUUAUCCUGUACAGACACAGACGCAUAAACGGAACCAGCGCAACGCGAAAUGCAAUUGUUGAAUUCAGUAUUUGUAGCAUUAGGUUCAUGAUCCAUUGUUUCCAUUAUCUGUUGCUGACACCACCCCCAAAACAGAACAACCGUGCAACGGAACAACCGAACAACUGAACACCCAUGGCAACACAAUGUUGUCCUGCGCUGCGUUGUGUUAUGUUGCGUUGUCCUUUUUGUGUCAAUGCAGUUUAACGAGCGCUCGUUAGGCGAACGCCAACAAAAGGAAAUGUAAUAAAAAAGCAGGCGAAUAAAAAAAAGGGGGAGGUACUGGCACACCACCAUCGCGAAAAUUGCAAAACGGGGAAAAACGCGAAAGGGGGUGUCCUUGCACGCAUUUAAUUCGACAAAAUUUCAUUUGCAUAGUUGGCAUUGAGCGUGAUUUAUUUAUUUACCAAAUCAGAAGCAUAAAAGCCCAAACAACACUCACAACUCACCACCCCCACACGUGUAUAAAUAAUUGAGCAAAAAUAUAAAAGACUUGGCACGUUAACACUAAUAAUUCAAGAAUUGAACAUAACUAAUAAAGUCAUGAGAAUUAUAUAUAGCUGACAAAGAAUAAGCAAGCGAGAACAAAAAAUGAAAGACUUAACACUUUGAAUAUAUAUUAUAAUUAUAACGGAGGAAAGCUAUACUUAUUUACAGCUAUUGUAUUGUAUAUGGUAUAAUCAUAGAGAAUCGAGGCAAAAGCAAUUAACGAAAGCAACAAAAAAGCAAAUGGAAAGCAAUAGAGCAUUAAGGUAACUAAAAAGUAUUAAAUCGCAUGUAUCUAUGAGUAAAUAUUUGGAAUUCGUUAUAUUAUUGCGAUAAGUAAGGCGAAACCCCAAACAUUUAUGGCACUAUACACUAUAUAUAUAGCAGAAUAAAGAAUAUAAACAAUUUAGUUUACACGGAAAAGCAAAAAAAUGGUAAAAAAGCGAAGAGAACUCUGCAGAGGCGCAAACAAAAAAAUAAGCAAUAACUUAUAACUAACGAGCCGUAGGGAUUUUUGGAUUAGCUGGCAAACGAUGAAUUGAUUAAACGAUUAUAACGAUUAUUAGUUAUCGAUAUACAGAUAUAUUAACAGGUAGAGUUGUUUUUUGCAUAUUGUUAUCGCAACUUUUGUGCUGCUUGACGAGACCAAUUGAUGUACUUUAUACAACGAAAAAACCAGAAAACCAAGGAAACUAAUGAGAACUCAUCUUAUGUUUUUGCAUAGGUGCAUAUUGUUGCGAUAGAUAUACAAACCUAUUUUGGUCGAUUAUACAUACAUACACGCCCCCACACACGAUAGUUGAAAAACGAAAGAAAAACGAAAACAGUUACUGCGUAGAGAUUAAAAACGUCAUUUUAACUUGUAUUUAGAGCACUCACACAUACAAACACGACACGAACACACAGACAAAACUGUAGCAUUGUAGAAAAGUAGAGUUGCAAAAAUAUUAUUAAUGAAGCGAACAUAAAUUUAAGCUUACGAUUAGAGAACAACACAGCACCUUAGUGAGCCAGCAAAAAUAAAAGUAAAGAAUUCUGUACCUAGAAAUACAACAAACAUCUACACACACGACACGUACACACACACACGCAUUAAUUAUGUAUUUAAUUGCAUCGAGACAAGCUAAUCGAAAAUAUAUAUACGAAGCGAUAUAUGCAACUAUAAAUAUAUACACACACAAGGACAAGAAUGCGUUUAUUAUGCGAUAUAUGCAAAACAUUCUAUAUUAUUAAUUACGUGCAUUAUGUAUAUGACAUUCAUGUACAUAAGUGGCAGCGAAACACACA